AUGGAAAACCCAUUACUAUCAUCGGGGAUAAUCUCCCAGCUCUGUGGUAUCCUCCAGAACCCUGACUUUCUCCCACAAUUAGCAUCGGCCAUCGAGGAGUCAAAGCUGCGUCAGAACAGUGAUCACUUGUUCCUGCAAAUUCAAGCUUCUCUCUGCACCGUCCCAUCAGCCGAUUUGCAUCGAGGCUCCUUGAUCCUGGGCUGUAUCGAUCUCCAUGAUGGGAAGCUCGUACCACCACGGCUUACUUCCGUAAACCCAGAUCCGGUGGAUCCAUCAAGAGAUGGUGUUGUUCCCUUAACACCACAGUCCAUGGUAGAUGAAGCUAGCCCUCGGUCCCCGAAGCGUCGAAAGACCGUCAGUAGUCUCCGACUUGCUCCAUUCAAGUCGAUAGCUUCGCCCAACGAAGAAGAGCUUGAAAAGGAUGACCAAGAUACUUCGGUUCCUGGAAGCAGUGUGUCCCAUCCACAAACAGCCUCAAUCCGCCAAGUACAUAGCGACACAGGAUUCCCACAGCGCAAAAAGCCAGGACGAGAUAGCUCUGUUCCAGUAAUGGAGCCUACGUCAACUGAUAAACUCAUAUCUGGCAUAUGGCGUCAGGUAUUCUCGCCUGUGCAGUUGAGCCGGCUUCCAUCCGUAUGUGGUGAUGAACAGAUAAUAGAGCCGAGUAUCAAUAUCCGUACUGGAGUUAGUGGAGAUGUCUUCCGCGCUGUCAACACGCUGUGUUUAAAAUACUCCAACCAAAGCCAGUCGUCUCGGGCCUUGGAAAUGAUCGUGCAAGCCUAUUGGAUAGAGUGCUACGAGGCCCGCAUCGCCGUGAUUCGGCUUCAAAAUCAGAAUUUGUCCAUCACGGAGUCUCGAAUGAUAGCACUGAAAGAAGCUUGUGCCGUGCUGAAGUGGAAAGAGAAAAACCUACGAAAUCGGAUUGCAAUCUGGCGCGGUUAUAAGGAGAUCAAAGACGCCGGGGGAUGGGCCAGUCUGAUCUUCGCCAGUGUUGGAGUCUACCGAUUCUGCAAAUACCGCACGGGGUUUGGAGAGGGACUCUCAACGCGCCUGCGCCAUAUUAAAUGCAGUCUUGAACUUGCGGCUGACACUCUGCACCCAGAAUGGCGAGACCUCCUGCAAGUCAUCGGUCAGGUCGAAGCACCUCGAUACUGCGGUCAUCCUCACGAAUGGGUCACGGUGGCUGGUGAACCGGCGGUCCCAAUAGCUUCGACAUACGCUCACCUUAACCUACCCAACGGAUUCCAGUAUCAAUUCAUCGACGAGUGUGUCAUAGACUAUACAGUGUUCGGCACCGAUGACCCACGCCAGGUCCCCGGUCUCGAUCCCGAGACCUGCCCCGUCUGCAAGCAACGACAGUCCGACGAGAUCGAGAAGAACCAAUGCACCUGCUUCCCAACCCUAUUAGGCGGCAUUCGUGAUUCGAUACCGGUACAACUGUUUCACACGACCAGCGGCAAGAACAACGGCGUCGUAGCCCGCACUUCCAUCGACCGCGGCACCGCCAUCGGCGAAUUCAUCGGCCUCAUAACGAACGGGAUCUCCGGUAUGGACGUGAUGCAGGGCGGCUCGCACAAGAAGCAAACGUACCAGAUCUACCAAGGUCAGAUGGGCAACUUCACACGCUUCAUCAAUCACUCGUGUCGACCGAACAGCCAGUUUCAGCGAUUCUACUGGCGCGGGAAGGAGCGCAUCGUGGUGGUUUCGCGGGGCGUGGUGGCGGGAAGCGAGAUCACGGUAGACUAUUCAAAUCAGUAUUGGCAUCAGUUGGAUAAGAGGUGUCUUUGUGGGGAGGUUUGUUGUCGGUUUAGCGGAAGACGAGAGGAGAGGUUUGGAAGGAAAGACAUAUAG